AUGAUGGGAAGUGUCACAGUGCGCUAUUUCUGUUAUGGAUGCCUUUUUACCUCUGUGACCUGGACCGCUCUGCUCUUCAUUUAUUUCAACUUCAGUGAAGUGACUCAGCCACUUAAGAAUGUGCCCAUCAAGGGGUCUGGACCCCACGGGCCAUUCCCCAAAAAGUUGUAUCCCCGUUUCACACGAGGUCCCAGUCGAGUGUUAGAGCCACAGUUCAAAGCAAGCAAGUUGGGCGACGUGAGAGAUAAUCAUAUCGAAGAUCCAGAAAAGGGCAAUUUGAAAUUUUCACCUGAAUUAGGUAUGAUUUUUAAUGUACGUGAUCAGGAGCUGAGAGAUCUGGGCUAUCAGAAACAUGCCUUUAAUAUGCUUAUUAGUAACCGCCUGGGCUACCAUAGAGAAGUACCAGAUACCAGGAAUGCUGCAUGUAAAGACAAGUCUUACCCGCCUGAUCUUCCAGUUGCCAGUGUUGUGAUCUGUUUCUACAAUGAAGCAUUUUCUGCCUUGCUGCGGACAGUGCACAGCGUAAUCGACCGGACGCCAGCAUACCUUCUCCAUGAAAUCAUCCUAGUGGAUGACGAUAGUGAUUUCGAUGAUUUGAAAGGAGAACUUGAUGAAUAUGUCCAAAAAUACCUCCCUGCAAAAACUAAAGUAAUAAGGAAUAAGAAGCGUGAGGGACUGAUUCGAGGAAGAAUGAUUGGAGCUGCCCAUGCUACAGGAGAAGUUCUGGUCUUCCUCGACAGCCACUGUGAGGUGAACGUGAUGUGGCUGCAGCCCCUGCUGGCCGCCGUCCACGAGGACCCUCACACCGUGGUGUGCCCAGUGAUCGACAUCAUCAGCGCCGACACGCUGGUGUACAGCUCAUCUCCUGUUGUGCGAGGAGGCUUCAACUGGGGCCUGCACUUUAAAUGGGAUCUCGUCCCUCUUGCUGAGCUAGGAGGACCGGAAGGAGCCACUGCACCAAUAAAGUCACCGACCAUGGCUGGAGGCUUGUUUGCCAUGAAUAGACAGUACUUCAAUGAGCUGGGGCAGUACGACAGUGGCAUGGACAUCUGGGGAGGAGAAAAUUUGGAAAUAUCAUUUAGGAUCUGGAUGUGUGGAGGUAAACUCUUCAUCAUCCCUUGCUCUCGAGUAGGACAUAUUUUCCGGAAAAGGCGGCCUUAUGGGUCUCCUGAAGGACAGGACACGAUGACCCACAACUCCUUGCGGCUGGCCCACGUCUGGCUUGAUGAAUACAAGGAGCAGUAUUUUUCCUUAAGACCUGACUUGAAAACCAGAAGCUAUGGAAAUAUCAGUGAACGUGUUGAGUUAAGAAAGAAGUUGGGUUGCAAAUCCUUUAAAUGGUAUUUGGAUACUAUUUACCCAGAGAUGCAGAUAUCAGGGCCCAAUGCUAAACCACAGCAGCCCAUCUUUAUCAAUAAUGGACCCAAACGCCCUAAAGUUCUUCAACGAGGGAGGCUCUAUCACCUCCAGACCAACAAGUGUCUGGUGGCCCAGGGCCGCCCGAGCCAGAAAGGAGGCCUGGUGGUGCUGAAGGUGUGUGACUACGGGGACCCGAACCAGGUUUGGGCUUAUAAUGAAGAGCACGAGUUGGUUCUGAAUAAUCUCCUCUGCCUGGAUAUGUCUGAAACUCGCUCCUCAGACCCCCCGCGGGCCCCUGGUCUCAUUUGA